AUGAGAAGUUGGCCCCAGAUCAGCUGGUCACCUCAUGUUCGUUCAGAGAGAAAUCAGUUUACAGAACCCAAUAUAAACAAAGAACUAUUUAUCUAUCAAUAUAAAUCUAAAUCUACUAUCUUUUUUGAGACUGGCAAGGGGGAAUCUUAUUCACGUCUGUUACUAUCUAUCUAUCUAUCUAUCUAUCUAUCUAUCUAUCUAUCUAUCUAUCUAUUCUCACCCGUUUCUAUCUAUCUAUCUAUCUAUCUGAGAGACUGGCCAGUACAAAGGCCUGAUCUCAGUAUAAUUGACCCUAUCUAUCUUAUUCACGUCCGUUACUAUCUAUCUAUCUAUUUAUCUAUCUAUCUAUCUAUCUGGCCAUCACAAAGGCCUGAUCUCAAUAUAAUUGACCGAUCGUGGUGGAAACUCAAGAAAACAAGUGCUUCAACGAAAACUACGCAAUCUCCAAGAGCGUUGGAAUGA